UUUGCUUUGUACUUAUCACUGGAGCAUGGUUUUAUUAUGAUUUUUGAGCGCCAGGUGGCCGCGUUUUUGUUGUCCGUUUGUCGAACAGUACAGGUCUCAGCGCCAUUACAUCGAUUAAUGUCAUUGUAUUGCGCGUCCCGCGAUAACUAAUUUCCCCUGAGACGGAUUAAAUUCGAAAUAAAGGAGAUUCGGCCGAUAUGUCGACUAAACGUAAAAAUCCGGCGACGAAGAAAGGCCGCGCGAAAUCAAGGAAGGUUGAAUAUGACGAGGAGGACAUCUCGAGCGAACACGACUCGGACGUUGAUGACGCUGAGACCGGCUCAAAUGCCGACGGUGAGGACGCUGCCGAAGAUGAUCUUGCCGAUGUCUCCAGUAUUCCGGAAUUGCCACCGCCUGAGGGAGGAUGGGGUAAGCCUGGAACAUUAUUAAUGUGUGGUCUGACAAACUGGGACAUGGCAGGACGUAAAGCUCCACCGAAAGGAGUGAAAGUUAAUGUAGGGCGUAGUUUGUGGACCCCACAUACUUUCAAAAAUUUAAAUGGCGCUAGAGUCAGAUUAGUUGCUUCUGGCCCAGCUGCUUCUCAUAGUAUUAUUGUUACUGAGGAUAAUAGAUGCUUAGCUUUUGGUAGAAAUGAUAAAGGUCAGCUAGGUGUUGGUGAUACGAAACGUCGGGAUGAACCUACAGAAGUCACAGCAUUAAAAGGUCAUACAGUUAUAGGAGCAUCUUGCGGCCGCAAUCAUACUUUAUUUUUAACAAGUCGCGGCAUCGUAUUUGCCGCUGGAGACAAUAAACUAGGUCAAUGCGGCGUUGGGAAAUCCGAUGCCUGCAUUGUCUCUGCCACUAAAGUAAAGUAUUCUGGGCCGCCGAUAGUGAAAGUGGGUUGUGGUGCAGAUUUUUCGAUGAUACUAGACAUUAAAGGUGGUCUGCACUCAUUCGGAAGCCCAGAGUACGGAGCAUUGGGCCAUAACACAGAUGGGAAAUAUUUUAUAACGAAUACGAAGAUGGCGUUUCAUUUUGAGAAAGUGCCUAAGAGAAUCGUUUUAUACAUUGAAAGAGCAAAGGAUGGCCAUGUUACGCCGUUAGAUCGUGUUGAGAUCACGGACUUCAGUUGUGGGCACCAUCAUACUGUUGCAAUUGAUAGCAAAAAUCGUGCAUUUUCCUGGGGAUUCGGAGGUAUCGGUCGUUUGGGCCACAACGAGCAACGAGAUGAACUAGUGCCUCGUUUGAUUAAAUUCUUGGAGCCGCCUACUCGUGGUGUCAGGGCUAUAUAUUGCGGUAGUACUUAUAGCAUUGCCAUCAAUGUGCACGGAUCAGCCUUGAUGUUCGGACAAACGAAACGUACCGGAGAAGCAAAUAUGUACCCCAAACCGAUCCAGGAUUUGUCUGGUUGGGAAAUUAGAUGCGUCGGAUGUUCUCAGACUAGCGUAGUAGUCGCGGCGGAUGAUUCGGUUAUCGCUUGGGGUGCUAGUCCUACUUUCGGUGAAUUGGGUUUCGGUGAAAUGCGUAAGUCCUCGACUACCCCGAUGGAAGUGAAAGCGUUGGAAGGUUUGUACAUUACUGCUGUUACCUGUGGUCUCUCUCAUACGCUUAUGAUUUGUCGAGACGAAUCCGAAGAAGAGAAGACUAAAAUUAACAAACUUCAAGUAUAUUCCGUUUAAAUCGGAUAAUUUACAUUUUAAUUACUCAUAAAGUAAACGCUAAUCGAAUUGUCACGUCGACACAUUGGGAAAUUUUUUCUAUACUCACCCCAUCGCGAUCGUUAUUACAUUUAAGGAAACGGAGAAGAAAGAAAACCGAAUUGUAACAAAAAAACAUUAUUACCUUUAAUUAAGCCAAGUUGUUUUAAAUAACUUGAAGGAAGGAUUGAAAGAUCUGUGAACAAUUUAUUAAUAGACUGCGAAAAACGUCCAUACAAAAUAUAGACUUAACUGUUACUCUCUACUUUGUACUUCCACUUUUACUUAAUAAUAUGAAGGAAAGUUUAUCAUAAUAGGGAACCCCAUUCUGUUAGUAGCUCAGGAUAUAGACCAAACAUAUAGAUAACAAAAAUAUAUUUUGAUACUUUGCUAUUUUAUUGAAGUACUCCCUCAUUCUCUCUCACUCUCGCUUUCUCUAUCUCUUUAACAAGAAUGGAAAUAGUUGAUACGUAUGAAAAAGAGUGCUGGAAACUGAGAAAAAGACACGUUAUGGAAUUUAACAAACACUGCCUUUACUUUUAUUACUCAUUUUAAUGUAUUUACAACACAAAUAGUCUAUAUCAUUGAUUCAUUACAGUAGUACCUGAAUCAUUAAAUCUGCAGAAAUCAUUCUUAUAUUCUAUGUACAGGGACAUUCUAAAUGCGAUUAUACAGAGAAGGAACGCGGAUUUUAUGCUUUAAAUGACUGUUAUUAUGAUAAACAUAUAGAGAAUGUUUCAUAAACUCAUUUGUUUUUAUGUUCGCAAGCAUGAAACCUAUUUUAUCUAACGACGAACAAGGACAAUGCUUUUUCAAAAAACCAGCAUUGUUUAUCAUACAUUUUAAACUAAUAAUUGUUUAACAGUUACACUCGACAAAGAAAAUUUCAGCAAGGAAAAAAGAUAUAUAUUGUUAAUUACUGUACCAUAUAGGAUAAUCACAAAAGAGGAUCUUGUAAUAAAAUUAAACAUGCGAUUCUUUUGGACGCUAUAUGUUAUAAAAACUCAUGUAUACGUAUUAUAAUUAAGGCUAUCCACGUCAUUACUAUCAUUAGUGAAUAUAAUCGAAAUUUUAUAUAUAAUUUUAUUUUAGAACUGCUAAUAACGUAAUAUAAAAAUCCAUACAAAUGUAACAUAAUGUCAUAUGUUUAAGACGGACUGUAAUUAGAUUCACUGCCACAAUGUAUUUGGAGUCUUUUUUGUAUUGCGACGAAAUGAAUUUAAUACUUAUUCAUUCCAUUCUGUUCCAUGUAACACUUUCAUGGAAUUACACUGCACCAUUUCAAUAAUCUUGGAACAAAUGUACAAGGCAAAUUACAAAAUAAACGAGUUUUUUAAAGAA